CUCUCUCUCUCUCUCUCUCUCUCUCUCUCUCUCUCUCUCUCGGCAAUACCGUCCAGCGAAAAUGAGAGAGUGCAUUUCGAUCCACAUCGGACAGGUUGGGAUCCAGGUCGGAAACGCCUGCUGGGAGCUCUACUGCCUCGAACACGACAUUCAGCCUGAUGGGCAAAUGCUGAGCGACAAGACGGUGGGCGGCGGCGGCGACGUGUUCAACACCUUCUUCAGCAAGACCGACGCCGGGAAGCAUGUACCUCGCGCCGUCCUCGUGGAUCUGGAGCCCACCGUCAUCAACAAGGUCAGGACCGGCGCCUACCACUAGCUGUUCCUGUAACAUCCGUUAAUUUUGGAUUUAGUAAUUUAUUGGGAAAAAGAGGAAAAAGAUAGUAGAUAAGUCGGCAAAUUAUGCAUGGUACUUGUAUAGGUGGCAAUAUGUGAGUUCAUGAAGAGAGCUUGGUGUAUCCAUAGGUCAUGUGCUCAAGUCCUCCGUCGAAAAGUGUGGCGGAGAGAGUGAAGACGUCCAUAUGUCUACU